CUGCAAUUGUUCUCAGCGGCAACUCUGAGUCGCUGCGAACCCAUCGAAACACCACUUCACAUCACUUUUCCAGCGUUUUCCCGUUUAGCAGCUCAGAUUUUAGAGCGAAUCAGCCCAGGUCUGGUGAGCGGCUGGAGCCCGGAGCGCUGCGGAGCCCUGCUGAGGGAGCCCUUUAUGAGGGAGCCCUGGUGAGCCCGGAGCGCUGCUGGAGCCGGGGGAUGGCCGUGGCCGGCAGGUGAACAGCGCCAGCGCCGCAGCGGGGAGCUCGGGGGGCGGGUUGGCUCACAGUUUGUAAUCUUCAGUUCAAUUCCUCUGUCAUGGAUGAAACUGCUUUGUCCCUUGGAACAAUAGAUGUUUCCUAUUUGUCCGCCUCAGCAGACUGCAGCAUCAGUAGAUGUAAGCAUUCCAGUGAAGAAUGGGGAGAGUGUAACUCUCGUCCCACUCUCUUCCGAUCUGCCACUUUAAAAUGGAAGGAGGCUCUGCUGAGCAGGAAAAGGCCGUUUGUGGGACGAUGUUGCUAUGUAUGCACUCCCCAGAGCCGGGAUAACUUCUUCAAUUCUAGUAUUCCAUCUUUGGGUCUACGUAAUGUCAUAUACAUCAAUGAAACACAUACACGGUACAGAGGGUGGCUUGCGAGGCGUUUUUGUUAUGUCCUUUUUGUGCAAGAGAGGGAUGUUCAUAAGGRUAUGUUUGCCAAGAAUCUGACAGAAAAUGUGCUGAAUAACAGCAGAGUCCAGAAGGCCAUUGUAGAUGAAGCUUCUGAACCAAGUACUCCAGGUAGUUUUGUUCAGACGGAUCCUAAAGCUAUCAACAAAGUGAAGAAAAAAGCUAGGAAAAUUCUCCAGGAAAUGGUAGCAAAUGUGUCACCUGCUUUGAUCAGGUUGACUGGCUGGGUGUUAUUGAAGUUGUUUAACAGCUUUUUCUGGAAUAUCCAGAUCCACAGAGGUCAAAUAGAAAUGGUCAAAGCAGCGACAGAGAUGAAUUUGCCUCUUAUCUUUUUGCCUGUACACAAAUCCCACAUUGACUACCUGCUUCUUACAUUCAUUCUUUUCUGCCAUAACAUCAAAGCRCCCUACAUUGCUGCAGGGAACAAUCUCAACAUCCCCAUCUUCAGCACAUUGAUCCGCAAGCUGGGAGGAUUUUUCAUUCGUCGGAAGUUGGAUCAGAAUCCUGAUGGUCGGAAGGAUUUCCUGUACAGAGCUUUGCUCUACGUGCACAUAGAAGAAUUGUUGAGACAGCAGCAGUUUCUAGAAAUAUUCUUGGAAGGCACACGGUCUCGAAGUGGAAAGACAUCUGGAGCUAGAGCAGGUCUUCUGUCUGUGGUGGUGGAUGCUCUCUUCUCAAAUGCUACUCCUGAUGUCCUMAUUAUACCUGUGGGAAUCUCCUAUGAUCGUAUAAUUGAAGGUCACUAUAACAGUGAACAGCUGGGCAAGCCUAAGAAGAAUGAAAGUCUUUGGAGUAUAGCUAGAGGAGUCUUCAGAAUGCUGCGGAAGAAUUAUGGAUGUGUCAGAGUAGAUUUUGCACAACCAUUUUCCUUAAAAGAAUAUGUAAACAGCCAAAGCCAAAAAUCUGUGCCUGCUCCUCUGUCUUUGGAACAAGCUUUGUUACCAGCUAUACUUCCAUCAAGACCUAAUGAUACUGUGGAUGAAGGUGCAGAGGCCUCUCUGCCCAACUCCAGGGAUGUCACCAGUGAACCCUUCAGAAGAGAGCUGAUAUCCAAUUUGGCUGAGCACAUUUUGUUCACUGCUAACAAGUCCUGUGCUGUGAUGUCUACACACAUUGUUGCCUGUUUGUUGCUGUACAGACACAGGCAGGGAACUGAUCUUUCCAGGCUGGUAGAAGAUUUCUUCUCCAUGAAGGAAGAGGUCCUAGCCCGUGACUUUGACUUGGGAUUUUCAGGGAACUCRGAUGAUGUUGUCAUGCAUGCCAUCCACUUGUUGGGGAACUGUGUAAAUAUCACAAACACAAGCAGAAACAAUGAGUUCUUCAUCACUCCCUGUGUCACCAUACCUGCUGUCUUUGAACUCAACUUCUACAGCAAUGGAAUACUUCAUGUAUUCAUUAAAGAGGCUGUUAUUGCCUGCAGUCUUCAUGCCAUUCAGAGCAGGAGGUACAGAAAUGGCACCAGUGGUGCUUCUCCCAGUUUGAUCAGUCAGGAACACCUGGUCCGAAAAGCUGCCAGCUURUGCUACUUGCUUUCUAAUGAAUUUACUGUAUCUUUGCCUUGCCAGGUGAUCUAUCAAGUUUGCCAUGAAUCUGUGGAAAGGCUGAUCCAGUAUGGCAUUCUUCUGGUGGCCGAGCAGGAUGAUCAGGAGGAUGUUAGCCCCAGUCUUAGUGAACAGCAGUGGAAUAAAAAGCUCCCUGARCCAUUGUCUUGGAGAAGUGACGAGGAAGAUGAAGACAGUGAUUUUGGAGAGGAACAGAGAGAUUGCUACCUGAAGGUGAGCCAGUCUCAAGAACACCAGCAGUACAUCACUUUCCUGCAGAGGUUGUUGGGACCUUUACUGGAGGCAUACAGCUCUGCUGUCAUCUUUGUGCAUAAUUUCAGUGGUCCUGUUUUGGAAUCUGAAUAUAUUCAGAAGCUACACAGGCACUUAAUAAGCAGGACGGAGAAGAAUGUUGCUGUGUAUGCGGAGAGUGCUACCUACAGUCAUGUGAAAAAUGCAGUGAAAGUCUUCAAGGAAAUUGGAGUUUUCAAGCAGACYAAGCAAAGCAAAGACAUCAUUUUGGAACUCAGCACUACGUUCCUACCUCAGCGCAACAGACAGAAACUACUGGAAUUCGUCAUGAGCUUCAUGGUGUUAUAGACCACACACAGCACCUUUGUCCAGGGACACAAGGACAGCUUUUGAGACUGUGGCAAARCCUGGGGACAUUUGCUAAUCCUUCAAAGUGUAAGGUGCCACUGUCUGGGUAAGGCCUUCUCUGACUUGAACUACUGGAAGACAAGUGCCUUCUUACGUGUGCAUUUAUGGGUUUCUUACAGUCCCAGUCCUGUUGUAAUACAGCGAUACUCAGAUGACACUUUGGAUACAAGUAAUUAAACAGGUUGCAAAAAAUGAGGUAAAUUAUUAGGAUUAGACUUUAAAAAGAGUGAAGUUUUAUCAGUGUUACAUUUUAAAUAUACUUUUAAAUACUGUAACAGAUGCACAACUACACAUAUUGGUGUUCUGUAGCUAACCUUGAGAUCUUGAGUUUAGUGGCAACACAGCUUAUGGCUUAACCAAGUAACUCUCAUUCCAGUUCAGUUUUAUURUUUUAAAUAAAURRUUUUAAAAUUUUGUUUAGGCAGGCUAWAUACUUCAUGGAUAAAGCCAUAGUUUUUCAUAAAUGUUAACAUAAAUGCCAAAAUUCUAAUGAGAAUUACAGGUACAUACAUCUGAGAAUAACAAUCAUGUAGCAGGUGAUUGUGAGAAAUGUCAGCAGGCACACCUUGCACUAUUAAAACUGUGUAGUGCAGUGGUAAAUUGCACUAAUCACUGCUGUCCAGAAGAAUGUGAGAGUAGUGUUCUUGUUAUCAUUAUGGCAUCUGUCAUUCAACCAGAUGGAAGUCAGGAGACAUUUGCCUGAAUGUGAAUAUCUUGUAAARUCUUAGAUUAUUAUUUAAUUGAAAAAAAAACCUAUUAAAUUUGGGUGGYUUUUUUUYKUGGUUUUUUGUCUGUUUGUUUUUUUAAUUCAUAGGAUGUCA